UGUUGGGAAAAAAAAGCCUUCUUAAUUUUUACUUCCAAACUAUUCUAGAUUCUAUAAUUCUAAUUUUCUCUAAUUUGUUCAGCUCUUGAAAUUUUAAUAUCAAGUUAAUAAUGGUCAACAAAGAACUUAGCCCUCAGCAGCUUGCUAAGCUGAAGCAACACACAUACUCCUGUACAAACUGCAGCCUCUUUGAUCCAUUCAUGCAAGUAUGGUGGUGCUGGCUGGUACAACAGUUUCCCCUCAACAUAGCACCCAACCUCAUCACGGUCAUCGGUCUGCUGGUGAAUGUCCUCACCUCUUUACUCAUGGUUUACUUCAGCCCAUAUGCUGACCAGGAGGUACCACGAUGGGCUUGUCUUCUAUGCUGCCUGGGUCUCUUCAUUUACCAGUCGCUGGACGCUAUAGAUGGCAAGCAAGCCAGACGCACCAACAGCCAGUCUCCACUUGGCGAACUGUUUGACCACGGAUGUGAUAGCCUCAGUACACUGUUUGUGUCAGUGUCGGUAUGUUGUGCUGUACAACUAGGCAAGCGACCAUACUGGCUGUUCUGCCAGUGUAUGAUGGCCGUGACGCUCUUCUACUGUGCUCACUGGCAGACUUACGUGUCAGGCAAGUUGCGGUUUGGUCGCGUGGAUGUCACCGAAGCCCAGUUCGGCGUCAUGCUCAUACUGCUCAUCUCCACCUUAUGUGGCUCCUCCUUCUGGAGCUAUCAGUUGCUGGAGGUGCUGGGAGUGCAGUUUUCUGUAGUGGACGUAUACUUGGCCGCGGGUUGCCUGCAUGUCGCCCAGCUCCUCUACUGCCACGUUCCCGUCGUGCUCUGUGAAGGAGUCGGCAAGAACGGAUCGUCUGUCGCUGGCACGAGCGUGUUGUCGCCGAUGGUGCCGCUGUUAUACUUCAUCGUACCAGCCCUCAUGGUCGCAUGGAAGAGCAGCGACGCUAUAUUCUUAUCUAACCCGCUGCUCUACAUGUUCACUUUCGGGCUGGUCGCCGCCAGGGUCUCCAACAGACUUGUCGUGGCACACAUGACUAAGCACGAGAUGGCCUACACGGACUCGUCAAUGCUCGGCCCCGCAGCGCUGCUGCUCAACCAGUUCUUCAACUCCCCCGUGCCUGAACACUGGCUCCUCUGGCUUGUAUUUUUCUACGUGACAUUUGACUUGCUCCGCUACGUACGCAACGUUUGCAUGGAGAUCUGCGUCUUCCUGAACAUUGAGCUCUUCAGAAUACCGGGGCCUGGGGCGGGGGGCAACAGCAACGGGAGCGCCGCCCCCGCCAAACAUGACGUCCGGGCUAAAGGGCGCGGCAGGCCCGUCUGAUCCCCUCCUCUUUUAGCGACUUUAACUCAUCAUCUUCUCACUACUGCUUCACUAUUCACUCUAUUACGAAUUAUUUAUCUGUUUCUAAGUUCUUCAUAAUCUAUUCCGCUACAUUCAUUCUUCAGAAUUUAUUUCAGAUGUUUUUUUGCAGUUUCUAAACAAUGUAAUGUCUUACGGAUAUUUUUUGCAUGGUUCUCUCGUUCACUUUAAUAUUGAUUAUUUACUAAUUUCAUUACCGCAUAGUCAUACGCGAAUAUAAAUUUAGCGUAAUUAUUUCCGCGAAUGCUUGAAAGCUAUAAAUCAUUUGACGCUUUGCUGGAUAGCAACAACAAAUAUUAAUAACAAUUUAUUAAUAUUUUCUUUAUUUAUUUAGCUUAUCCUGAUGCUACCAAAUCCUCAUCCGUGCAUUAUCUUUAAGAUGAGAGCCUGAUGCCUUCAGUGCAUCAAUGAUAUUCUUACGGAAAAGUUUUAUGCGCCCCAAUUCCAGAGCAUAAACCCUUCUCUGCUGAGAAUAUUUGUAUGUAUAGUGUGUGUUGUUAUGGGGAUUUGUUGUAGAGGUGAAAGUGUCCGUUGUAUUGUAUAAUAGUUCUGAUGACGUUAAUUCAUAAUUUAUCAUCCCUUGCUGCACUGCAAUGCUAAUGUUGCCAUGUAAGAGCACGGCAGCACCAUGAGUUAUUGACUCUUACAUCGUUAUUCUAGUAAUGUCACCAAGACCAAGUUCAGAAUAUAAUUCAUGAGACUAAAAUUGCUUGCAUUAGCAAAAUUCGUCGUAUUGGCGCUAAAAAUAUUAAAUUUUCUGCAAGUAAUGCCAGUCGUAGUAGAGUUCCAAGCAAUAACAUGCAAGGGAGUAGAUCUGUAGAUGCUGUAGAAUGUUUGUUCCUUUAUAGUUUAUAGUAUAGUAGAUUAUUUUAGGUGUACGUCCCUCAGUUAAAUAGAAUAGAAAUUUUCUUUAUGAAACAGUCACAUCUCGGUUUGAAUUUUCCAUAAAUUAGUCUUUUUGUAAAUAAGAGAGUCGUGAUCUAGUAACUUUGAAACUUUGUGUGCGUUUACUGCUGAGUUUUGAGUUCCCUGACCUACGAGGCCGCCACCUCGAUUUCCGUUUUUCAUUGUAAGAAAAUAGUAUAAUAUAUAUUUUGAUGUUAGGGAAAUAACCCAUUUAUUCCCUCGCCUUCAUGUGUAUCUCCAGUAGCUGAUCAAUUUUGUUCUUGCGAUUUCGUUUUAAUUCCAUAGCGACUUACGCUCCUUGUACGCUUUUGUUCUCGCAAUUGAAGUCCUGUUUUUAUGUCCAUCAUUGUACUGCUCUUACAACGUCAAUUACCUAGAGAAAAGUUGUUAACAAUUGCAACAUUAUUUACUUAAAUUCUAAAUGGAAUUUAUUAUCUUUUCAUUGCCAUCGUUACAUGUGAGCCAAAGGAAAUUUGUGCUAGUUUGAUUUGAAGAUCGAAUAAUGAUUGGUAAAGUGAUACAUGAAACAAUGAUGAUUGAUAUGUAAUCAUAUUGUUGGUCGCUAAGAUCUGACACAAAAAACGAUUGCAUGCAAUCUAAAUGCUGACGAUGAUGUCAGCAUGCAUGUCAGCAUUGAAACUUAGGCAUGUCUUCCUUGUAAAUGAUUGGCCAGCCGCAUCAUACUGUAAAGUGCUUCAUCGCGUUGUAGCUGUGCAUCAUGCAAUGCAGCAUGCUGCAUCAUGUUGUAUCCAUACUUCAUGCAAUGUAGCGUGCUGCAUCAUACUGUAGCUAUGUAGCAUGCUGCAUCAUGUUGUAGCUAUGCAUCAGACAAUGUAGCGUGCUGCAUCAUGUUGUACCAGGAUAUUAAACAGUGUAACACCCAGCAUCAUGUGUUAGUUCAAUCAAAGUAGAUGCGGAUUAUGAUGCUAAAAAUUGCGCUCUUCAGCAAGUCAUUUUUCUCGGUAGAAUGUAUUUGCAUGUAUGGAGCAGGGGCUUCAUUUAAUAUUUUUUCUGUGUAUUAUUGAGCGAAAAAUUAUUUUCUGGCAGUGCAUUGAUGAUCAUUGUUGGCCAAGUCUCACGUUCACUAGUAAAAUUAGGCAAGCAACAUAUUUUUUUUUUUUGCUCUGCGCACCGUGAUUUACAUAACAUACAUGAUUUUGUUAUCAUGCAAGCUGUGUAAAUUUUUUUUAAACCUAGGCUACAAUUUGUCUCUAUGAUUCAUGAAGGCGAUAUUAUAGAUAGCCUAUGUUGGAAUUAUGUAAUGUUUUGUAAAGUUUGGAAUUAUAUUUAUUAAAUCAUUGAAUGUAU